AGAGCACAAAUGGUUGCAAGCCACGUUCCCAUUUGCAAUUGCCUUUUAACCUGAGAAUAAAUAAAUAAGCACGUUUAGGAACAACCCAUAUUCAGCCAACAUGCAUUUACAAGAUUACCUCAGAAACGACGAAAAUGCAUCAUCACCAGGCGAUGGUAAUCACAACCAUACAUGUCAGCCUCCUUGCAAUCAGGAGCAGUACAUAAGUCUUAAUCGUGAUUGCCAGAAGAAUCUGUUUAGGCUUCAUCCACCGCCCCCAUCGAAACCACCGCCGCUCGCGGGUGCUAUCCUGCAAUCCCGUCUUUUAAAGCAGAUCAGCUCGGGGGCGAAUGCAGAAAACGCAGAAGCACUAGAGGAGCACCGAUAUCCAAAUGCCCUGCAGAGGUCGGCCACUUUGCCAGCGAAGCACAACCGCCUAGGGGUUCGUAGCCGCGUUACUUUUAAGGUUCCAUCGUCCAUCACCCCUGCAGUUGAUCCCGGUUCAGAACCUGAUCCAGGCCAAAAUCAGGUCGUUGCUGCCGAAAGGGACGGAAUCGUGCUAAAUCCCAAGGAGAGGGAAUCUUGCAAAAUGACUUCUGAAGAUUUGCUGCAGCCGGGACAUGUUGUAAAGGAACGUUGGAAGGUGGUGCGUAAAAUCGGUGGAGGCGGUUUUGGAGAAAUUUACGAGGGACAAGACCUUAUAACUCGAGAACAAGUCGCCCUUAAAGUAGAAUCCGCCCGCCAGCCUAAGCAGGUGCUUAAAAUGGAAGUAGCCGUUCUAAAGAAACUACAGGGGAAGGAGCAUGUAUGUCGAUUCAUCGGAUGUGGACGAAAUGAUCGUUUUAACUAUGUGGUAAUGCAGCUUCAAGGAAAAAACUUAGCUGAGCUUCGCCGCGCUCAGCCGCGUGGCGCAUUUUCGCUUAGUACAACACUUAGGUUAGGGUUACAAAUUCUGAAGGCCAUUGAAUCUAUACAUUCUGUGGGAUUUCUUCAUCGUGAUAUUAAACCGAGCAACUUUUCCGUGGGUCGAUUGCCUUAUAAUUGUCGACGCGUCUAUAUGCUAGACUUUGGAUUGGCACGUCAGUAUACCACUGGUACUGGAGAAGUGCGUUGUCCAAGAGCUGCAGCUGGAUUUCGCGGCACCGUUCGCUAUGCUUCUAUAAAUGCACAUCGCAAUAGGGAAAUGGGACGGCACGACGAUCUGUGGUCUCUGUUCUAUAUGCUCGUGGAAUUCGUAAACGGACAACUACCGUGGCGAAAAAUAAAAGACAAGGAACAAGUUGGGUUGACAAAAGAGAAGUACGACCACAGAAUACUGUUAAAACAUUUGCCGUCAGAUUUAAAGCAAUUUUUGGAGCAUAUUCAAUCUCUUACCUAUGCAGAUCGACCGGAUUACGCGAUGCUUAUCGGUUUAUUUGAGCGGUGUAUGAAAAGACGCGGCGUCAAGGAGUCUGACCCUUACGACUGGGAAAAGGUGGACUCUGCAACUAUUGGCAACAUAAGUACAUCAGGCAAUCCGCCAGUUCCUGUUAAAAAUGAUUACAUUCACGGGAAUAUAACACAAAUGACCGUGGCAGCAUCUAACGCAAGCGGAACGGAAUAUGUCAGAAAGAGAGGUGAUAUCGAAACCGCUCAUAUUACAGCGACCGAGCCCUUACAUAUUAAAGAAAAGGUUGAUAAAAACUGCAACGCAACCACACUGGCAUUUCAACCAAAAACAUCAGGAGAAGCCAACGUACAACUUGGUUGUACUGCAAAUAAUCAAAAUAUCACACCGAAAGGAAUGCUCCAGCAGCAGGCCGCGUUAGCUAUAAACUCUCAAGCGGCAAUACCACACAUGCAAAGUGUACCAAUCAAGUCACCAAUGGUAGGGAUGGGAAGCCAUGAUGUGCAGGUUCAUACAAAGAACUCUCAACCUCAAAAAGGGGCUGCAUCUUUUUCCUCUACGAAUCAAAACAAUUCCGCGCCGGUAUACGGCAAUUCUUAUCUACAAUUGGAAGAUAAAGCACCAAAUAUGUUUUUACCAACAAAACCAAAUGCAGAGUCCGAAAGUACAGUUGACGUCGCUCCUAAAAGUAUAUUUGAAGAGAAAUUCGUGGAUUCAAAUGACGCUGAGUGUGCUAAUAAAGCUUUCCUGUCUGGGGAACAACAGCAACAAAAAUCGCAAGUGAAAAAGCUGAAUUUGCCAGAGUCCGCCAACCAGCAAGUACAGAAACUGGAAAACGUAGCAAACGAAAAGAGCUCCGAAGACAAACGAGCAUCGCAGGAACCGAAAUCAACCUUUGGGCGACUCCGUGUGCUUACAGCUCCUCCAAUGAGUGUACAUGAUCUAACAACGGGGGGCCACAUCCAACAAGGGACUGAUUUAUCAAUAAAACAAGAUCCCUCAAGCUCCAAUGCUGGUCCAGCCGCCGGGAACAGCUCGUCCUCCAAACUUGCCAUUAACCAGCAUGGUCAAAUUUUUGGAAUAACUCUCAUGCCACAAGUUAAUCGACGUUCGGCAACGUCUACCAAUUUAAGACCAUCUUCCUCUGGCGGAAACACAAAUCCAAUUCAUAGAAUCAAUAUUGGAUCAGCAGGUGGUGGAGGUGGAACUGGAAGCAACACCGCCAGAAGCAGUGUUGCAGGUGAUCAUUCGGUGACUCAAUUUGCUUUAAUAGACGACGAGAAUGUCUCAGCAUUACAACAGGUAACCAAAGGCGGAGCUCUUACGCUGGCAUCACAAUGGAAGAGCCAGUUUGAUGACUCAGAGGACACUACAGAUAACGAAUGGAACAGAGAACCACAGUCGCAACCCAAUUUGGAGCAAUUGAUUAAACUGGAUAUUCCAUUGCCCUUAAAUGAAGCCAAGCAUUUUUGCCAAAAUGUCGUCACUGAUACAGGCAUAUUAACUAAACCUCCAAUCGAAGGGAACGAAAAACCGAAAAGAUAUACAUUAAACAUAACUGGAAUCGAGAAUUAUGAAGCGUUGAGAAUCUCCAUACCGCACUGUUGGUCUGAGCCUGCAAUGGGUAAUGUAUUACGUAAAGACUUGGAACCACCGGCUGUGCAACAAGCAGCAUUUGAUGACACAGUAUAUCGCAUGGACAUAGCAAGGAAUGUUUGUGUUCGAGAAACAUAUUCAGAUAUCACUCCAUUGGAUAAAGCUAAGCCUGCCACUUCUUUAGUUUCAAGGGUUGUCCUUCCUUCCCCUUUUAAAGAGGACGCCACGUUUCAGUUAAAUACUUCAAAUAAUAGUCAAGCUAAAUUGAAACAUCGAAGAAGCCUUCCUAACGUGUCGGUUGCCGAUUUAUUUGACGACCAACCGAUUCAUUCGAAUUCUGAUGCAAUGUUGGCUGAAGACGCCAAUAAACCAUGGAAAGUACAGACAAUGGCUUGCCAAAGAAGUAAUGUAGCUUUAAGUUCAGCAGUCCAAGAAAACAACGGUUGUAUAAGUGGCCGACUGGAAAUUCGUGUUAUCCCAAAAGAGACCUCUCAUCUGGACGAUUCUGUUUACUAUGAUGCGCUGGCACCUAUUAAAAAUACUACAACCGCAAAUCCAGACCCUGGCAUUUCUGAUAAAGCAAAUAUUUUCUGUGAUGAAAUAGAAGAAAAUGCUGCAGUGAUAGCUUUACCAUCAAAUACGGCGAACAAAUGUAAGAAACAAACCUACACGGACAAAACCGAAGCUUGUAUCGAAGCUAAUCCCUGUAGCAUACAUGCUACCGGCGUCAAUAACCUGAAGAUAAACGGAAAAAGUGAAACAUGCAAUGCGUUGAAUGAUCAACCAAAUUACAAAUCAGGUGACUACAAAACUCCGUUUACAGGAGGCAGCACUGACAGUUACAGGGAAACUGAUUCAGGAUGUGAUCUUCCGCUUUUAAAUCCCAGCAAAAUCCCAAUACGGCAGUCAAAAUGUGCAUCUUGGGCCGGUGCUGACACUACAGUAUAUUCAUCUAAGACACUGGAGCCCAGAGACGCCCUUCCGGAAAUUCCCUUCAAUCCCCAAACAAACACAUACUCCACUGCUUUAGAAUAUCCUCCUAAUAUAACGGAUCUUACCCCAGGUUUACGUCGUCGAAGGGAAUCUGCUGAAGGAAAGUAUGUCACAGAUCAAACGCAACUGCAAUUAAAAUUCCAAAGACCUCGAUCACGAACUUCCAGCAGGACCCGUGGCAUUUCCAAUACAAUGUUAGGAAAUUUUGAUGAUAACAAUACUGUUAGCGGGGAAAAACAAAGACUUAUCGGGACCCAAGUUGUUCAAAACGAAGAAUCAAAUAAUGUACCAACGAGUAUAUAUUCCGCUGAGCUACAAGAUAAAUGCAACAUUUCACCACCACCGGGAGAUCCAAAAAUUGAAAACAGCGCGCGCCUUCGACGUUAUAGGCAUAACUUAGAAUAAAUAAAUACCUUCAAGUCAGCAGCAAAGUAAAUUGCUCUUGAGAACAGUCAGUUAUGAUAUUUUGGAUCUAAGCUAUAUUUGGGUCCUAAGUUAAACUCCUAUUUUUCAUACAGCUGUUUGACAAACGAAACCAGAAGCAUGAACAUCUUGAUUUAUUUUUUGAGUGUAAACCAGUAUUCUGCAACAUUUUAUCUUUUCUACAGAACUAAAAUGUGAAUUAUUGUUAUAUAAAGUACCUAUACCCUUUCUCGUAGAUGAAAAUUGCAUACUUGAUUCGUCGAAAUAAUGCAAACGGAAGAUGGCAGCGUUCCCAACCUAUAAAGUGAAUAAUUUUUCCGUCUGUCUGUCCGUAUAAGCGAUAUUAUAAUGCAUACAGAUUCUAUGGAUUUUUCAGAAGCGGAAAAGAACCUUACUAAUAUCAAAUUUAUUUCCAAAGGUAUUACUCACUAUUUUAAAACGUGUCGGUGUCAGUGGCUUCGUUUGUUCCCAUGCCAAUGAAUGUGACGUUCUACAAAACUAUUUGGAGCUGGUUCUCAAACUUUCGGAUGGGCAGUGCUAAUAAAACCUAUAUAUCUCAUUGGUUGAGUUGAACAAAAGUUAGGUUUUGAAGGCCUGAGUUAAAUUACAAAUUUUGAUAUUAUUAAAGGUGCAACCAAUAAGGCAAUAAAAGAAUAAUCCGUCAAACUUGUUGUGUUUGGUAAUUGACCAAAAUUACUAUUCUAAAAAGUUAUUUGAUAUAAAUGUCUUAAAAUAUGAAUUUCUAUUCAAUUUUCUUAAAAAAUUCUUAUAAAUACAUUUUUAUUUUUAUAAACUUUUUAUAUCAUUAAUUUUUUUUUUAUAAUUUCUUUAAAUUAUAAACAGAAAGGCUGAAUCGCUUUUGAGUAGUAUUCGCGCUCUUAGGUAAUACUAAACGAAUUUUGCGUUACCCGAUUUCUUUGGAACCAAAUAAGCAGACAUUGCUAUAUUAUCUUUAUAAUAUUGUUCUUGUAAACAUUGAAAUAUAAUUUAAAAAUAUAGAUUUUAAGCAAACUAAAUUUUUGUACAGAAAAUAUUGAUUGAGGCAGAAUAUUGAGAUUUUAAAAUAAAUUGAAUUUAAUUUCGAUUGUUUUUAUGAAAUGAAAUAAUUUACUUGUCAAAUGGCUGUAUCUCCAAAACGAUAGAGAAAUAAUUAAUGCUUUAUGUCAUAAGAAAUAGGUUAACAGAGGCUCCUCGUAUAAUUUAUGUUAUCAAAGAAUGAUUUAUUCAUACAAAUUCAGGCCAUUAUUUACAAUUAGGAAAUACAUUUACCAAUUAAGAAUAACCAUACAAAACAUUUUUGAGGCCUCAACCGUUUUCUCUACUAGCUAAAUACCAUAUGUAAAAUUAUAAUUUAUUAUUCAUGGAGUAAGGAUAUAUUGUUGUAAUCAAGUUCAAAUAAUCUAGGAAAGGAGAAUUUUCAGUUAUUACUAAUGCUACCAAUCAUAGAAUCCUCCAUUUGUUUUAAUUUGUACUUUGUUAUUUAGUUAUACAUGCAUCAAUUUGCAAUGCUCCAGUUGUAAUUUUAAUUUUAGGGAUGAGUGCAAGUCUUGUUUUCCCCGAACUUUACGAAGUGCUUUCUAUGAAACUAAGUUUUUAAACUUUUUAGUAUACAAAAUAUAAUAUAAUAUCGUUAUUAAUUUAUUGUAUAUAUUACGCUAUUAUUGCAAAUGUAACAGAUGUGGCUAACCUCAAUAAAGUGUAAUAUUAACUCUGAUAAUUCUGCUUCGGCAUGAAAAAAUA